AUGUCAAAAUAUUUUCAGGAUCAGUCUGAACGCGAUAACAUAAAUUGCGAUUGCUACCUGGAACAGAUUUUUGGAGUGAAGCGAAUGCGUUUUAUGGAAAUACCUCAACGUCUUCAAAAUUUAUUACAUCAGCCCGAUCCUCUGAUUCUGCAUCAUACUAUUCAAUAUAGUGAAGGAAGUGAGAAAAAUACAGCAUGCUAUGAUAUUGAUGUGGAAAUGGAAGAUCCUCUGAAGACACAAAUGAGUUCAUUUCUUCAUAGCCACGCUAAUAUGCCAGAUAUAAGCGCAUUGGAUCAGAAAAUUUUUGAUAUCGUCGAACAAAUAAAUGAAUGGAAGCUUCGACGAGAUUUUUAUGUUCGUUUUGCGGACAAUCCACAGGAAUUUAUUCACAAGUGGUUGAUUUCUCAAAGUAAUGAUCUGAAGACGAUGACAGAAGUAUUUGGUGACAGCGAAGCUGAGCGUCAUGCUGAGUAUUAUUACCAACCUCAAAUUAUGGAGGGUACUUUUCGCUAUAUCUACCACAAAGUGCAACAAAAGCGAGCUGAACUGGAGAGCACUUUAGGCAUCAAAAAUAAUUAA